CGUGCCCUCCAGAGUACACACACUCGUGGAAUUCGGUGACAAGUCGAUCAAGCCAGCACCAGAUACGUUCGUACGUAUAACUGCAAACAUAGCUCUGCUGCUGUUAUGUAGUCCCGGAUAUGACAUGGCGGUUCUUGCUGCUUCGUUUAUGCACCGGUUACAGGAACUAGCUUGUCCUUAUGUGGAUAAUGUUGACGAUUCGUGGAUCACAGAACUUCUCUUCAAACCAGGAGAACCGAGACUUCGCCUUCUACAGUGGUUGCUGGCCAGAUUUGAUUCUCAUCUUGAAGAGCUAGUUGUCACUCAAGCCACUCGGCCAGAGAACAUGACAGAUUCACGUGUUCAACGUACACACGAUCUGCUGUUGUCACAUCAUGCACUUCUCCAAGCGAUGCUUACUUCUCGUUUUUGUUUGAUAGGACUGACGUUAGUAGCUUCACUACUUGGUCUGUGUCGAGCUAAUGAUUACGACCUCAUUAGAGGAGUAUCUAGCGAUAGUAAACAGACUGCCUUUAUGGACGCUCUGCUUGACCUAGUCUGUAUUGCUCAGGACUCGGAACUGAUGACAUCUGAUAGACAUACCUCUUUGGAACCUGCAAGUGGUCUUACCAAGUUAGCAGAACAGAUGCGCCGUGACCGCCGACUGAUGAACGGCUUAGCAAACCAAGAGAAUGUUACUGAUAUGCUCUCGUCUACCUGCCAACUCUUCCCUCCUGAUCUCAUGCGGUUAUGUCAUCAGCAGUUCGAUCAAGCGCUCACUAGUAGUGGAAUCGCACCUAGGGAGAAGUCAAGGGGAAGAAUGAGACCGCCAGACCAGACCAAGUUAGAGGCACUGGUUAAUGAAAUGUCAGAACAAGCAGCCUCUCAACUUCAGAUUCUUGAAGAGCUUAAGAAGACUACUUUAGAGGCAAGACCGGACAAGCAAGCAACAGACAGAGUGAUGAGAACGUUGUCUGUGUGUCUUUCUACUCUUGGUCAGCUUGUCUCAAGUUUCUGCCAGUGCUAUGAGACUGAAUUCCAGUCGUGGACCCACAAGCAGCCUCUGCAUCUUUCUGGGCUGGGACCUACUUGUAAGCGGGUGUUUUCCCUACAGCAACAAGUGAAUGCGCUCAUGGAGUCGCUGGCAGCUGUUAAAUCAUCAUGUAAGAGUAUUAGAGAAAACGCUGGUUUUCAACGUUGUGCUAGUUGGAAGUAUGAGCAAUCGAACACAAAUGAUUCUGUGAAGAUAUUUGAAAGAUGUACAAGAGUACUUAAAAACUCGGCACGUAGGUAA